AUGCCUAAGACUAAAGCUCCUCCUCCAGCCUCGGCCCCAUCCUUGGAUGGCGUCGCCGUCACUUUUGCCUCUUUCUUUACCAACGCUCACCCCGCUUUUGCUACCAAGAACAUUGCAUCAAUGAAGGCUGACAUUGCAAACUGUGGAGGCAUUUACACUACGAAGUUGGAAAGUGCCACUCACAUUGUUGCAACCUUGGCUCAGGUUCAGAAGAAUCUAAAUCGCAUCAAGGAGGCUCUUCAGAACCCUCAGUUGAUCAUCGUCAGUUACGAUUGGCUGGCUGACUCUUUGGCCUCGAAUUCACCUGUCGACGUCAAUGGUUAUCUGCUUGGCCCUUCUCCAGCCAAUUCCAACGGUGGCAAUGCUGUGAGUGAUAACGACGAGAAACAAAAGAAGCCCUCCAAGCGUACACGACAAGACGUGGACGAUGACGAAGAUUUGGUUACAACGAAAAUGGUAAAGCCAUCUUCAAAAGGUGCCAGAGAUGAUCAAAAGAAAACCGUACCAGCUUCCAAGGCUAACAAACCCAAAAUUCCUGUGGACGAGCAUUGUAAUAAUUCAGCGGCGUACAACGUGUAUGUCGAUGACGACGGCACAGCUUGGAACGCUACUUUGAAUAUGUCCGACUCGAUUGCCAACAACAACAAGUUCUACAGAAUCCAACUUCUGGUCAACAAGUUCGAUGAAUACUUCACCUGGACACGAUGGGGUCGCGUUGGUGACAAGGGCCAAUCAAAGAUGCUGGGCAAUGGCUCACUCGAUGUUGCAAUCACUGAAUUCAAGAAAAAGUUCAAGGACAAGCAUGGUAAUACCUGGGAAGAUCGGGAGGGUCCGCAGAAGCCGAAUAAAUACACUUUGAUCGAAAUCAACUAUGAAGACUCUGACAAUGAAGACGGCCUCCAGAGCCAGCAAUCAACGCCAAAGAGAGAGUAUCCCGACCACGAGCCGGUCAGAGUUAAGAGUCAGCUUGCACCAAGUGUCCAACGUCUGAUGGAGCUCAUCUUUAAUCUUCAGCUCUUCGAUAAUACGAUGGCCUCGUUCAACUAUGAUGCCAACAAGAUGCCAUUGGGCAAAUUGAGCAAGAAGACAGUUCUGAGAGCAUAUGAAGUUCUGAAGGAACUGACAUCUCUUGUUGCAGAUCGUAACCUUAUGACUGGCUUAGGACUCCAUUAUGAUCAAGCAAUUGCAGACAGAAGCAACCAGUACUUCUCACUUGUGCCACACGCCGUCGGUCGCCGGUCUGUCCCUCUCCUCCAAGACAUGGGUUCCAUUAAGAGAGAAAUCCAACUCUUGGAGACCUUGACAGACAUGCAAUUGGCGAAUGAGAUCAUGAACUCUGCAAAAGUUGAUAAGUACAAGCAACAAGAGCAUAUGAACAUUCUGGACCGACAAUAUAUGGGGCUCGGCAUGCAAGAGAUGACUCCACUGGAUAUCACCAGUCAAGAGUACAGAGAGAUCCACGAUUACUUAAAGAACUCAAAAGGCGGCACGCAUGGGGUCACUUAUCAAGUCCAAGACAUUUUCCGCAUCGAACGCAACGGCGAAUCCGAUCGUCUCAACAAGUCACCAUAUGCGAACUUGGGUGCAAAGAGUGAUCGUCGCUUGCUUUGGCAUGGAUCUCGUUGCAGCAAUUUCGGUGGUAUCCUCAGCCAAGGCUUGCGAAUUGCACCGCCAGAAGCUCCUGUUUCGGGCUACAUGUUUGGCAAAGGCGUCUAUCUCGCAGAUAUGAGCAGCAAGAGUGCAGGUUACUGUGCAUCACAUUCAAGUGGAGGGACUGGUCUUUUGCUUCUCUGUGAAGCCGAGCUGGGAAAACCACCACUGAAACUAACCAACGCGGACUACAAUGCAGGCGAUCGUGCCAAAGCGAACAACAGUAUCUCGACCUGGGGCGUAGGCCAAACUGCUCCCAAAGGCUGGAAAGAUGCCUCUUGUAUUAACACGAAUCUCAAGGGUGUCUUGAUGCCUGAUGUCCUCAGUCAGCCUCCAGGCCCAUCAAACGAGGCAAGCGCUUAUCUGUUGUACAACGAGUACAUUGUCUAUGACGUGGCACAGAUCAAGCUCCGUUACCUUUUGAGGGUAUCAAUGACUUGA